UCAGCUGCCGCCUAAAUCGGGACUGUGACAGCGUUAUCCAAUCAGCUCGGGAGUGGGUGUGGACUUCAGGUGUUAGCGCUCCACGUGCAGCUUGUUUGAAUACGUGCCGGGGGGCGUGGCAUGGGCAGGCUCUGGAUCUAGAAGAGUAGAGAGCGGAGGCGUCAGAUCACUGUGAGGAGAAGAUGCUGCAGCAGCAGGGAGACGAGCUCUACAGCCUGAGCACGCUAAUGGAGUGCGGGGGAGCAGUGAACUCCCCGGGGGAUGACCUAGGGCAGACACCCGCACACCUGGCAGCACACGGGGGACAGGCCUUCUUCCUCCUCUGGCAGCUGCAGACAGGAGUGGACAUCAACCAGCAGGAUCUCUUUGGAGAAACCCUGAUUCACAAAGCGGCCCGUUGUGGCAGUCUGGAGUGCCUCAGCGUUCUUGUGGCUCGUGACGCCAGACUGGAUGUUUGUAAUAAGGAAGGAUUCACCGCUGAAGCUCUGGCGCUGUCCGGUGGUUUUGAGGAAUGUGCUAGAUACCUGGAAGCUGUGAAACACACACAAGAUAUAUUCUCCAGAGCGCACUCCUCCAUGCAGGACUUUAAGGACACAACAGCCGGUACCAAGAGAGGACUGUGCAAUGUAUCUGCUGCUUAUGGGAAGAGGAGACGGUCAGAUGGUUUAUUGUAGACUGACACAAGAUUUCCAUAUGUUCUUGGAGUUAAUAUGCUUCUAUGAGGAGCUCUAACCUACUGGUUUACAUUAAGCUGGAUUACACUACAGCCUCUGCUGGCAGGAGGCAUCACACAGGAUGUUAU